AUGAUGAACUUCUCGCUGGUCAGAUGCUAAUUUUAGUAAAAAUGUUAACAGAAAUGAUAACGUUUUCUUUCAGGUUUUGACUUGGCGACAUUAUUAGAAAUGUAUACAGUAUACUCCUGUUAACUGGAGUGUCACUGGUUUAGCUGACUGUAUAAUUAUAACUGGUUAACGUCAGCUAUAAAAGCGAGGCUAUAGCAAUAUUUACUUAAUAAUCUAAUCGAGCGUGCUAGCUAGAAUCAGACUAGAAAAUACAACUAUUUUCUAGCCUACUAGAGUGGGGUGUGACCACAGUAGGUGGGUGUGACCACGGAAGACUCCCAGUUUGUCGAGUCACAUAGGAGCAGCCGAUUCGUUACGUAAGACGCCUGUCAAAAUCCAGCAACAGAAGGCAGGGGUAGGCGGUGACCAGCGGUGUUUUGUUCUCAAGACAUUUGGUGACAAGAUGAGGGCGACGAGUUUUCUCCAUUCUAUGCUCACUGCAGCGGUGAUGCUGCUGUUGAUGGUUGAGCUUCUGUGCUUUAGGCCCAUUGAUGCCAACCAGGAGUCGGGGACAGUCAUUCCGGCUGAAAGCCGACCUUGUGUCGAUUGCCAUGCUUUUGAGUUCAUGCAGAGGGCUCUGCAAGAUCUGAAGAAGACUGCAUUCAACCUAGACUCACGAACUGAGAGCCUGGUACUGAGGGCAGAGAAGAGGGCACUGUGUGACUGCGUUCCAGCCAAUGCUCUCAGCUGAGUGGUCAGUCCCAACUGAGCACCGCUUCAUCUGGACCUGUAACACUCAUUCUCCCGCUCCUCAGUUCAAAAUAGAGUCACACACAUCCGAACCCUGCAGCCUUUUGUCAGUGACCAUCCCUCCACUUUUUUUGAGCCUGAAGUUACCAGAAUUUGGCACACAUUAAAAACAAAUUUUUUGCUCUUUCAUUCAAGGGCUGUCAAGUUGUCCCAGUCUUCUGAAAUGGGUCAAAUCUGAAUACAUAGCAAAAUCAGCAUUGGAGGAUUUGAAAAUGUAGUGUUGCCAUUUUGAGGCAGGGUUUCUUUUCUGGACCAAAAAUACUGGAGUUACAAAUGACACCACAGAGUUCAGUUUGAGCCUUCACUAGACCCCUCUACUCCCUUCAUACAGAAGCUAGUAUCAUACAAGGGUUAGCAAGCAUGUAUAUGUUUAUGAAGUCAAAGAUAAGCUCCAUAUGUAGUUAAUUUAUACAUUAAUGUUGAUUAAUGGCAUAUUAUUUGCACCAUAGUGUUUGCACUUUAGAUUAGUUAAAUGCGCAGUGGAAAGUUUUAAAAUAGGAAUAAAUUAAUGGUAUUGUAAGUUGAAAAUACGGACUGAUAACACUUUUUGUGGAAAAGUUUGCGUUGUAUUUGUGGUGUGAAGUGCCAGGCCUUUUAGAACUGAAAUGUUUUAGUUUUUUUGGUAUAUCCAGUUAUUUUGCACAAAUGGUACACAUAUGGGGAACAUGCCUGUGGACGCACAUCAUAGACUAGUGUAGGUUCUACAAAACUCAGAAAAAGUAAUAUUUCUGUCAAACAUUAACUGUUGAGGUGCAUUAUGAAAGCUCUUAAUAGAAGGAAUGGUGAUUGUUUAGUGCUCUGCUUUUGCACGCACACAAGCUCAAGGGUUUUCCACAGAGAAGGCUGUUUAUUGUGCAGAUUUAUAGAAAGGCAGGUACUCCGGUAGAGCUAGGGAGAAAAUAUGUAGCUUUCAAACAAAGAAGUUUAGGAAAAUCAGCAUUUGUGGCAUUGAUAUUGUGUUGUUAUUACUUGUGAAAAACUGUCUUUAUUUUCUACUGUACGUUGAUGUUUGUCAAAUAAUUACAGUUCAUGUCCUCUGUAAGUUAUUCCAUAUUAAAACAUUCACUUAUGUUUAA